AUGAGACCCGUAUAUAAUCAACAAAGAAAUAAUCCCUACCGUGCACCCUAUCAGGCGAAUCCUCCCAUGCAAGUACCGCAGGGUCGAGUGCCGUAUCAGACACCACCGCCGGGUUACCGUGGAAUGCCAACAAACGGCGGGGCCGCAAUGGGCGGAGAUAAUCCUCUGCAGCGACAGUGUAGUUACGGAUACAUUCCAUCAGACUAUAAUAAUAACAACAUUUACGGUGGAUACAAUCAGUAUGCUCAUUACAAUAAUAAUAAUAAUAAUAAUAAUAACAGCAAUAAUUCCAAUCCCUCAGCGUAUGUUACCCCAAGGGGAGUGAUGUAUGCUGGUCCGGGCGGCAGCAGUUAUUUUGGUUCUUUUGGUUCAAAGAAUCAACUUGGUCAAUUAGAGAGAGAAAAUAGCGUUAUGUUGAACAGAGGAAAUGGAUCUCAGUUUGGAAGUUUUCGCGGUGGUCCAAGUGGAUCUUUUGGUAGUUUAUAUAAUGCAGGUAGUUUUAUGGGUUAUCCUAACAAUGGAGGAUAUGGAAGUUUUCGUGGAGGUUAUCCUGGAAUGGGAAAUUCAAAUAAUGGAUUUCAACGUGUCGGCAGCUUUCAGAGAUAUCCGAGUAAUUAUUCCACCUUUCCAUCGGUGUAUGGAAGUUCAUACAUUGGACGGACCUCCUCUGGAGCUUCCACUGCCAAUCCUGUUUUACAGCGAACAGAGAGUGGAAUAAACCUUAACUACAACUAUGGUGGUAUUUAUCCCGCAGGUCAAAAUCUCAAUAAUGGCAUUUCAGGAUUUCAUCAAGAACCUUCUCAGGCAAGUUUAUUCGGUUCAUCCGGUAGUAAUUUUGGCGAUAAUGGAGGUUUGGUGCGACAUAAUAGUAUGACUCUUUUGCGAACAAACUCUGCCACAAAUGGUUUCUACGAAUUCGGUCCAGUAAUGAAUGGAUCCGCCGGUGAAAGCAAUGUAACCAGACUUUCUCAAGGAAGAUUAAACGGGCGACCAGCCGCACCAUCGCAAUGGGAACGAACAGGAACAACACCAACCGCAAUGCCGCAAAGUGUACCCACACCAGCCCCACGUGUUGGACGAUCUACAGAUCAGUCAAGACCAAAUGGGACGAAUUCUACUUCCAGUGGAACAGGAGAAUUAACACGCAAAGGUAGUGAGAAACGGAUUGGUAUGUACUUUAAGGAUGUAAAACCCACACAAAGUAAUGAAUACAAAAAGGAAGGAGACCCUGGUACUGGGCGAAGUGCACGAAGUACAGAUCCAUCCAUGAUGACGAAUGUUCGAACAGUUUUACUUCUCUCUAGAAUGGGUGGUAAAAUUAUUGAGGUGGAUGGUUCAACAGCGAUUGUAGAAAAGCCUAACAGUGAUGAAUUACAAAAGUUUGAUACCAAUGCCAUUGUAUACAUCUCUCCAAAUGAACCUAAUGUCUUUGUUGAGAGUUUAGAUGAAUUACGAGAUACAUUUGUACAAGGAUGUAAUAUUGCCUUAAUAAUGGCAGAUUCUGAUGGUCCUGCACAUUUACCAUCCAGUUGGUUUACAUGGAAUACCUUACGUCGUCUGGUGAAGGAUACUUUUGCUCGUCUCUCCCACCGCAGUGAGUUCACCGUUUCUAUUUCACUCUUAGAGGAUGAUCAGGUGAUGGAUUUAUUGGCUUCACAUCCACAUUACACCACUCUCACCGUUGCACAAUCUCCACUCUUUGGAAAUGUCCCACACGGAGUGAUUUAUCAACUCGUGGAGGAUGCGUCUGAGUUUGAAAUACUUUUCGAUCGGGCACUCGAACAGGCGGUGGGUCGAAAAGGCGAAGAAAACGGCAUUCUUCUCGUCUCUGGUAUCUUAAAACAAAUACGCACCUCCUCCAGUAAUAGUGGUGAGGAGGAUAUUAUUCUUUCCUCUAUCUUCGCCGCAGGGGUGGGAGAUGGUAUUAUUCACUACAAUCGUAUUUUAGACAAAAACCCGGCGGAGCCACGGGCGAUGUUUCAAUUCGCAUUGGGCGGUCCAUCCAUGACCGCCGCUGUUUUCUCUCUCACCGACAAGGAAGGCAACGACGCCGUUGUGUCUAACUUUCUCUCCACACUUAAUCGACUGGGGGAUAUUCAAAACUACCGUCUGCGGCUUGGCAGUGUGCGGCGGUUUGUGCGGUACUCGGAGGAAAGUAUUCCCAAAACCCGAACGAAGAUCCGCGACGCGGCGGAGGGAAAAGAAAAGGCCGCCAUGCAGAGAUCCCUCGCACGACUGGAGGUGAUGGUCGCAGACGCAAAGGUCAUGCUGGAGGAACCGGACUCCGCAGUGCCGAAAACAUACAUUCGACAAUAA